CAUCAAAACAUGUCAUUCGAUAACACGAUUAUGUUAUUACUAGAGGUUUACAAUUAGUUUCGUCGCUCUAUAUUACAGAUUUGGAAAUUUUGUAGAAAUUGUAAUAUUAUACCAAUAAUAUACAAUGACAACUCCUAAAGUAAUGCGAAUUAUGGCUUUGUCCAUCAACACUGCGGUCCGUGCAGGAUCAAUUAUUCGGGAAGUGAUGCAGCGUGGAAAUCUAGGUAUUGUGGAAAAAGAGGGCAAAGAGGACUUACAAACUGAGGCUGACCGUUCGGCCCAACAAUGUAUUAUAGCAUCUCUGUCGAAAAAAUUUCCUAAUGCUACAAUCAUUGGUGAAGAGGGCGACUCAAAUUUAAACAUAAAAGCAGAGUGGUUGGUAACAGAUGAAAACGAAGAAUUUCUGACACGCAAUUGCCCCGAAGAAUUGCAAGAAAUUAAAGAGGAGGAAUUUGUGAUAUGGGUAGACCCUUUAGACGGCACAUCAGAAUACACUAAAGGUUUAUUAGAACAUGUGACAGUGCUAAUUGGAAUAGCGAUUAAAAAUCGUGCUGUCGGAGGAGUCAUUUAUCAACCCUACUACAAACAAACUAAUGGAAAUAUAGGUAGAACUAUAUGGGGACUUAAAGGGUUAGGCACAGGAGGAUUCGAACCUAUAAGUCCGCCCAAUGGACAAAUGAUUAUUACAACAACACGUUCACACUUAACACCUUUGGUACAACAAGCUCUAGAUGCUCUGUCACCAACAAAUGUGAUCAAAGUUGGAGGUGCUGGUUACAAAGUAUUACAAUUACUCGAAGGCAAGGCACAUGCAUAUGUAUUUGCUAGUCCCGGUUGCAAACGGUGGGACACUUGUGCACCGGAAGCUGUGCUAGAAGCACACGGCGGCACUCUUACCGACUUAGCAGGCAAUCACUACUCAUAUGCAGCUGAUGUAGAUUAUAAAAAUCGGAUGGGUGUCUUGGCAACAAUUCCACAAAUAUCGCAUUCCGAAAUCGUGCGUCAAGUACCUAAUGAUAUUAUAGCAGCUUUACGUUCAUAAGGAGGUACUUAUGUUCAAGAUAGUUUUCGAAACAUAAUUUUUCUGAAAACUAUAAUCACUUGAAAGCAACAGUUUAUGUGGUGGUUUAUUUUUAGGAUGAUAAAUAUGACAAAAAAAAACAUUAUAAUGAAAAGUAGCUGUAUGCUAGUUAGUCACAUUGCUGUCUGUCGACAUUGUCUUAUCAGAAUUUGGAAUCAGUAAUAUAUUAAUCCAAUAUUUCGAAUUAACUUUGUAUCAUGAUACAAAACUUUUACAAUCAUGGACAUGAUGACGAUAAAUGAAGGAUACUAUAUUAAAAUUUCGCAAAGUUUGUGAAAAUAUUUAAUUUAACUAAUUCAUAUCAAGCUUUGGAAAUCCAAACUAAAAAAUUCCAUAUAUUGUUUUUUAACAAUAAUGUUUAACCAUAGGAAGCAUUUCAAUUUUGAUUUAAAAAUAAAAAGGAAGGAAUUUCAAAAACAUGA